CCCACGGAGGCAACAAUGAGGUGGAGAUGUGUGUCGUUGUGUUUUCUUGCUCUGUCUCUCGCAAUUGUCAUCGAUGUUGAAGGCAGACGAGUUCACAACCAUGUCAGCAGCAUCUGCAGCACAUGGGGCAGAGAGCACUUCAAGACAUUUGAUGGGGAUGUGUAUCAGUUCCCUGGUAUGUGUGAAUACAACCUGGCCUCCGACUGCCACGAGACCUACCAGGAGUUUUCAGUGCACAUGAAGAGGAAGGAGAGCGAUGGAGACCCUACAGUUAGUUAUGUGGUGGUCACCAUCAACGACCUUUCAUUCCACCUCACCACGGGCCUGAUCACUGUGAACGGCCUUCCAAUCAAAAUGCCAUACUACAACGCAGGCGUACAAGUGGAAAAAAAUGCAGUUUACAUCAAGCUCCAAUCCAAAGUUGGCAUCACUGUCAUGUGGAAUGGUGACGAUGCAGUCAUGGUGGAAAUGGAUCCUGAAUAUGCUAAUCGUACUUGUGGACUUUGUGGAGACUUUAAUGGUGUUCCUGUCUACAAUGAGUUAAUUCAUAAUGGUCGCAAAAUGAGCCCCAUUGAGUUUGGCAACAGACACAAAGUCCAUCGUCCAAACGAUGACUGUGAGGACCCCUUUGAAGAGGAAGGUGAAUCAGUGGAUGAUGUGCUGGUUUCCUGCAAGGAGUUUCAAACCACCUGUGACCAGAUGCUGCGUUCGGCGUCCUGGAGCUCCUGCACCCAACUGAUUGACCCUAAACCUUACAUCCAGGCCUGUGUGCAGGACAUGUGUGGCUGCACCAACAGUACUAAUGACUUCUGUGUCUGCAGCACACUGUCGGAGUUCUCUCGACAAUGUUCCCAUGCGGGAGGGCAGCCUCCCAACUGGAGGACACCUCAGUUCUGUGCUAAACAGUGCCCAUUCAACAUGAUUUAUGAAGAGAGCGGUUCCCCUUGCAUGGAUACAUGCACAAAUCAAGACACAAGUUCCCUGUGUGAGGAUCACAAAAUGGACGGCUGCUUCUGUCCUCCUGGCACUGUGUUUGAUGAUAUUUCAAUGAGAGGGUGUAUUGCUCAAUCUGAAUGUCAGUGCAAACACAACAAAAUCUAUAACUCCGGAGAGGUUUACCGAUUGGACAGAGAGGAAUGUACAUGUUUUGAGGGCAGAUGGGCUUGUAAGAGCCUUCAGACACCUGCCACAUGUGCAGUUGAAGAGGGUUCACAUGUGACGACCUUUGAUGGGAAAACCUACACCUUCCACGGAGAGUGUUACUACACCCUAGCCAAAGUGCAAAGCAAGGAUGAUGCAAGUCCAAAGUUUACCAUCCUGGUUCAGUUGGUUCCAUGUGUAAACCAGAAGUUUGACACUUGUCUAAAGAGCCUUAAAAUCGUGCUGAACAAUGACAGAAACAAUGUGUUAAUGUUCACUUCUGAUGGCACAGUAAAGCAGAAUAUGCAGACCAUCACUUUGCCAUACCACUCAGGUGACAUCAACAUCUUCCACGCGUCAUCCUUUCACGUCAUGCUCCAGACCAGUUUUGGUUUGCAGAUUCAGAUCCAGCAUGUGCCUAUCAUGCAAGUCUAUGUCAGUCUGGAUCAGAGCUACAGAGCAAAGACACGUGGUUUAUGUGGGAACUACAACAUGAUCUUGUCUGAUGACAUGAAGACUCCUCAGGGGAUUGUGGAGGGUACAUCAGCAACCUUCUGUAAUUCGUGGAAAGCAAGUCGCGCAUGCAGAGACAGAGAGGAAAGACUUGAUGACCCCUGUUCCCUCAGUUUGGAAAAUGAGUGGUACGCCAAACACUGGUGUGCCUUACUGGUCAGUCCAGACAGCACCUUUGCUCAAUGCCAUUCAGUGGUGGAUCCUGAGAUGUACCAUAAGCGAUGUACUUAUGCCAGCUGUAACUGUGACAAGAGUGAGGCCUGCCUGUGUGCCGUCUUCUCCUCCUACGCACGUGCUUGUGCAUCAAAGGGACUGUUUUUGACAGGCUGGAGAGAGAAUGUGUGCGAUAAAUACACAAACAGCUGCCCAGCAACUCAGGUCUUCUCAUACAAGCAUCAGAGAUGCCAGUUGACUUGCAGAUCACUGGGCUCAAAGCAGCAGAGCUGCACUUCUGACUUCUUGCCUGUGGACGGCUGCUCCUGCUCUGAGGGUCUCUACCUAAACGAAAACGGCAUCUGCGUCCCCGUGGAAAAAUGUUCCUGCUACCAUAACGAAGUCUACAUUAAACCCGGAAAGUCUAUCAGCAUCAAAGACGAGCACUGCGUGUGCACUAAUGGAAUACUUCAUUGCCGUUCUUGGAGAGCCCGUUCAUCAUUAUGCCCAUCUCCACAAGUAUACUUCAACUGCUCCACUGCGACCACAGGAGAACUUGGACUGCAGUGUGCUCGAACUUGUUUAAAUCUGGACAACGAUGAUUGUGACUCCACAGAAUGUGAAUCUGGCUGUCAGUGUCCAAGUGGCCUCCUUUAUGAUGGCAAAGGUGCCUGUGUGAAAGAAAAUGAAUGUCCAUGUCAGCAUAAUGGGCAUAUUUAUGCCUCUGGAUCACAAAUCCCUAACCAAUGCAACACCUGUACCUGCAAAAGUGGAAACUGGGAGUGCACAGAGAAAAAAUGUCCAGGAACUUGCAUUAUUUAUGGGAGUGGUCACUACAAUACAUUUGAUAAGAAAACAUAUGGGUUUCAAGGAAAGUGUGGCUAUGUUGCUGUCAAGAACAAAUGUGGCAAUAAAACAGUUCAGGACAACUUCGGAGUCAUCACAGAAAAUGUACCGUGUGGAACUACAGGCACAACAUGCUCCAAAAUUGUCCGAAUCCAACUGGGGAAAAUGGAAAUCAAACUAGCGAAGGGUAAAUAUGAAGAGCUGGACCUGGGACAUGGCACACAGAUUCAGUACAAAAUAAGGCAUGUCGGCUUGUAUCUGGUGAUAGAAUCUGCCAUUGGUCUGGCAGUGAUGUGGGAUCGCAAAACAACUGUUCGCGUCCUCCUGGAACCACAGCACAGCGGAGAGGUAUGUGGUCUGUGUGGAGAUUUUGAUGGCGAUGGACAGAAUGACUUUACCACCCAGGGUCAGCUGAUAGUUAGCAAUGUGUUAGAAUUUGCAAAUAGUUGGAAAAUGUCGAGCACCUGCCCAGAUGCAGGAAUGAACUUUGACCCUUGUGGAGCAACGCCCAACAGACACCACUGGGCAAAAAUGAUGUGCAGCAUUAUAACUGGAAAAACAUUCAAAGACUGCCAUAAUAAGGUAAAUCCCCUUCCAUAUUAUGACAACUGUGUGAAAGACUCAUGUGCCUGCGACGCCGGAGGAGACUGUGAGUGCUUCUGCUCAGCAGUUGCAGCUUAUGCUCAAGCUUGUAAUGAGGCUGGUUCCUGCGUUGCAUGGAGAACUCCGGAAAUCUGUCCUAUCUUCUGUGAUUACUACAACAACCCAGAUGAAUGCAACUGGCACUACAGCCCUUGUCACACACCUUGUUAUAAGACCUGUUUAAAUCCAGAUGGAAUUUGUAGCAACCCUAUACCCAACCUGGAAGGCUGUUACCCUCGAUGUCCGAUAAAUAAGCCCAUAUUUGAUGAGGUGACCCAGAUGUGUGUGGAGGAAUGUGAUGGUUGCUUUUAUAAUGGGACAAGAUAUGAGGAAAAUGAAGUUAUUUACAAUGUGACUGACAACUUGGGAAUGUGCUACUAUGCAAUCUGCAUUAAUACAACAGUGAUACAUGGAAAUGAACCCUGUCCUACAACACCACCACCACCUGAACCUACUACUACAACUGAAGCACCAACUUCAACUACAAGGUCUACACCAACACCUGAACCUACUACUACAACUGAAGCACCAACCACAACCACACAAUCUACAACAGCACCACCACCUGAACCUACUACUACAACUGAAGCACCAACCACAACCACACAAUCUACAACAGCACCACCACCUGAACCUACUACUACAACUGAAGCACCAACCACAACCACAGAGUCUACAACAGCUCCUACCACUCCAUGUAUUGAAACAUGUGAGUGGUCAGAGUGGUAUGAUGUUGAUAACCCAAAAAAAGACAAAAGUGACUGGGAAACAUAUGAGAACAUUGAAAAUAGUGGUAAAGAAAUAUGCAAAAAUCGCACAGAAAUCGAUUGUAGAGCUGCAGACUAUUCUGACCAGCACUUCGAUGACUUUGUGAGUCAAACUGGCCAAGUUGUUACUUGUGAUUUGGGAUAUGGUUUAAUAUGUAGACAAGAGGACCAGUUGAGACCUCCACGAAAGUGCUUCAACUAUAAGAUCAGAGUAUGUUGUGAGGUAAUCAUAUGUACAACCACAACCCAUUCAACCCCAUCGACUACACCACCACCACCUGAAAUUAUUACUACAACUGAAGCACCAACUUCAACUACAAGGUCUACACCAACACCUGAACCUACUACUACAACUGAAGCACCAACUUCAACUACAAGGUCUACACCAACACCUGAACCUACUACUACAACUGAAGCACCAACCACAACCACACAAUCUACAACAGCACCACCACCUGAACCUACUACUACAACUGAAGCACCAACCACAACCACACAAUCUACAACAGCACCACCACCUGAACCUACUACUACAACUGAAGCACCAACCACAACCACACAAUCUACAACAGCACCACCACCUGAACCUACUACUACAACUGAAGCACCAACCACAACCACAGAGUCUACAACAGCACCACAGUCUACAACAACACAACCACCUGAACCUACUACUACAACUGAAGCACCAACCACAACCACACAAUCUACAACAGCACCACCACCUGAACCUACUACUACAACUGAAGCACCAACCACAACCACAGAGUCUACAACAGCACCACCACCUGAACCUACUACUACAACUGAAGCACCAACCACAACCACACAAUCUACAACAGCACCACCACCUGAACCUACUACUACAACUGAAGCACCAACCACAACCACACAAGCUACAACAGCACCACCACCUGAACCUACUACUACGACUGAAGCACCAACCACAACCACAGAGUCUACAACAGCUCCUACCACUCCAUGUAUUGAAACAUGUGAGUGGUCAGAGUGGUAUGAUGUUGAUAACCCAAAAAAAGACAAAAGUGACUGGGAAACAUAUGAGAACAUUGAAAAUAGUGGUAAAGAAAUAUGCAAAAAUCGCACAGAAAUCGAUUGUAGAGCUGCAGACUAUUCGGACCAGCACUUCGAUGACUUUGUGAGUCAAACUGGCCAAGUUGUUACUUGUGAUUUGGGAUAUGGUUUAAUAUGUAGACAAGAGGACCAGUUGAGACCUCCACGAAAGUGCUUCAACUAUAAGAUCAGAGUAUGUUGUGAGGUAAUCAUAUGUACAACCACAACCCAUUCAACCCCAUCGACUACACCACCACCACCUGAAAUUAUUACUACAACUGAAGCACCAACUUCACCUACAAGGUCUACACCAACACCUGAACCUACUACUACAACUGAAGCACCAACCACAACCACAAAGUCUACAACAACACCACCUGAACCUACUACUACAACUGAAGCACCAACUUCAACUACAAGGUCUACACCAACACCUGAACCUACUACUACAACUGAAGCACCAACCACAACCACAAAGUCUACAACAGCACCACCUGAACCCACUACUACAACUGAAGCACCAACUUCAACUACAAGGUCUACACCAACACCUGAACCUACUACUACAACUGAAGCACCAACCACAACCACACAAUCUACACCACCACCUAAACCUACGACUACAACUGAAGAACCAACUACAACCACACAAUCUACACCACCACCUGAAACUACUACUACAACUGAAGCACCAACUUCAACUACAAGGUCUACACCAACACCUGAACCUACUAUUACAACUGAAGCACCAACUUCAACUACAAGGUCUACACCAACACCUGAACCUACUACUACAACUGAAGCACCAACCACAAAGUCUACAACAGCACCACCUGAACCUACUACUACAACUGAAGCACCAACCACAACCACACAAUCUACAACAGCACCACCUGAA